CACCACCAAAAUGCCAUUAACAAAAGCCACAUAGAAAAGUUUUCCUUCCAAACUUCCCAACCCCCUUCUCUAUCUAUCUCCACCUCAACCCAAAUUCCGUCGAAGAUCCAUGUGGCAUAUGCUGGCUGCAGUCACCCGAAACCUCCAAAACAUGAAGAAGAGUCCACGAGUAGCCGACGAGAGCAUGUUCGGCGCCAGCGGAAAUGGAGCUGACAUGGAAAGAAGACGGCACGGGUGGCACGGGUUUUCGUUUAUCUGCACCGUUCUGCGUGCUCCGAUCUCGAUUCUCUCCUGCUUCUCUCACCCGCAUGUUAAUGGCGCUGAUGGGGUGUGGGUUUCCGGCGAGUUUGCUCAGCUUUCAGAGAUGAAUCAUCUCAUGGUAAGCGACAGCAUGCGCUAUGCAAUAUUAAUGUAAAAAAAUUACAGCGGCCAUUAUUGCUUUCUGGGUGCUCUUGAAAAGGACUUGGGAUUUCUUCUUCUUUAUAGUACACAAG